AUGAGUGUAGACAAUCCGACGCCGAGUGAUAGCGUGCUCGAAAGUCAAACCCCAGAUCGUGUGGACGAAUCAAUCAUCAAAGCUGCGGAUGCCGAGAAGGACGCAGCCCCACGCCGAGAAAUUGUAGGCCUCCGCUGGCUGCUCGUCUGCAUUGCUGUUUUCUCAGCCAAUCUGCUCUAUGGUUUGGACAAUACCAUCGUGGCAGACAUCCAGGGUCCCAUUGCGGGUGACUUUGAUGAAUACACGCGGCUGGGCUGGCUCGGGGUGGGCUUCACUUUGGGAUCGGUGGUUUUCAUUCUCCCACUGGGAAAAGCUUACGCCAUCUUCGACACGAAAUGGCUCUUUCUCGGUUGUUUGACUAUGUUUGCGGCCGGUAGUGCCCUCUGCGGUGCUGCCCCCAGUAUGAAUGCCAUCAUUGUCGGGCGUGUGUGGGCGGGAGCCGGAGGAGCGGGCAUGUAUCUGGGGAAUCUGAAUCUGAUUACUAUCCUGACCACCCCUACGGAGCAGCCUGUGUAUGUGGGUCUGGUUGGAUUGAUCUACGGCACCGGCUGUAUUCUGGGUCCCAUCAUUGGCGGUGCUUUUUCCGAUAGUUCAGCUACUUGGCGAUGGUCAUUUUAUCUCAAUCUGGUCAUUUUCGGAGUCAUGUCGCCCAUCUAUGUUUUCCUCUUGCCUUCCUUGCCACGUCCAGCGGGCGAAGGCCGCAGCUUCAUCAAGAAGCUUGUGGAGCUGGACUGGGUGGGAACUCUCCUGUCCGCGGGCAUGCACAUCUCCAUUAUCUUGUUCAUCGUAUUUGGUGGUGUCGAAUGGUCCUGGACGGAUGGGCGGAAUAUCGCGCUGUACGUGGUCUCCGCUGUCUGCACUAUUGCCUUCGUGCUCAGCCAGUACUAUUGUGUGGGGACCGACAAACAAAACCGACUGUUCCCCUGCGAGUUCUUGCGGAACCCUACAAUGCUCCUCCUUUACGUCAUAAUGGCCUGUGGCGGUGCCUCGCUCUUCGUGGCGGUUUACUAUAUCCCACUUUACUUCCAGUUCAUCCAGGGUGACUCCGGCAUCAUGUCCGCGGUGCGGCUGUUGCCGUUCGUCUGCUUCUACGUGGCUACAAUUCUGCUUUGUGGUUGGGUCAUGCCCAAGACUGGCUUCUUCAUCCUCUGGUACCUGGUCAGCGGCAUCUUUAUUCUCAUUGGAGCCGUGUUGAUGUACACUGUGAAAUUGGGUACCAGUCCCUCCAGCAUCUACGGGUACUCUAUCCUGAUGGGGUUGGGCAUGACCACCACGCAGGCCGCCUAUGCGGUUGGACCGACCAUUGUGAGCCCCGAUCGGGUGGCCGAGUGCCUCCAGUUCAUGAACAUCGGCCAGGGCCAGAGUCAACUGUUGGGAUUGGCUAUUGCAAGUGCCAUUUUCCAGAGUAAGACCCUCACCGGGCUUACUACCCUCUUGGGAAACAAAGGAUAUUCACAUGCGGACAUCCAGGGUGCGGUUGCUGGCGCUCAGAGUACCCUGAUGGAGCGGCUGCCCCAGGCCUUGAAGACAGAAGCUCUGGAAGUGAUUGUGAAUUCGAUUAGUGAUGUCUACGUGAUGGCGAUUUCGGCGGGGGCUCUCUACGUGGUUGCAUCAUGUCUGUUGCCUCGCCGUCGGUUCUAG